AUGUUUUUCAUUUUUUUUUUCUUUUUUUCUCAUUUUUUCUUUUCUCAUUUCUUUUCUCUUUUCAUAAUAAUCUUUUCAUUUUUUUUUUUCUUUUCUCAUGUGUUUCAUAAUCUUUUUCGUUUUCUUUUCUCUUUUCUCAUGUGUUUCAUAAUCUUUUUCGUUUUUUUCUUUUUCUCAUGUUUUUUCUUUUUCGUUUUCUUUUCUUUUUUAUUUUUUUUUGAAUUUUUUUUUUUCUUUUCUCUUUUUUUAUGUUUUUCUUUUCUCUUUUCUCAUGUGUUUCAUAAUCUUUUUUUUUUUUUUUCUUUUCUCUUUUUUUCAUGUUUUUUUUCAUUUUUUUUUCUUUUUUUUAUUUUUCAUUUUUUUUUCUCUUUUUCUCAUGUGUUUCAUAAUCUUUUUCAUUUUUUUUCUCUUUUUCUUUUCUCUUUUCUCUUUUUUUUUUUCUUUUCUUUUUUCUCAUGUGUUUUCUGUUUCUUUUUCGUUUUUCUUUUUCUUUUUCUUUUAAUCUUUUUCGUUUUCUUUUCUUUUUCAUUUUCUUUUUUCUUUUCUCAUGUAUUUUUCUUUUCUCUUUUGUUAUUUCAUAAUCUUUUUUCUUUUUCUUUUCUCUUUUCUCAUGUAUUUAUAAUCUUUUUUUCUUUUUCUUUUCUCUUUUCUCAUGUCUUUUUCAUAAUCUUUUCAUUUUUCUUUUCUCUUUUCUCAUUUUUCUUUUCUCUUUUUCUCAUUUGUUUCUUUUUAAUCUUUUAUAUUUUCUUUUCUCUUUUUUCUCAUGUGUUUCAUAAUCUUUUAUUUUUCUUUUUCUCUUUUCUAUGUGUUUCAUAA